UUUUGUACCAAAAAUAUAUAACUGAGAUGUCAUGUACAGAAAGGGAAUUUCAUUGUAACAUGUUCAGGUCACAUGUUUCUUUCGCUGAUCAAGCCUUGGGUCAUCACUAAGCAUUUUAUUCAUGCAGCUGUCAAUAUGAGUGUGUUUUCUGUGUUAUAACUUGUUUCAGUGACAUAUGAUUCAGGUCAGAGUUAAUAUUCUUUCCCCAAUCUUCCAUAGCUGAUAGACAACAUGGUAUUCUUAACAUUAUAUGGCCCAUGUUGUAAAUAAUAUUGUUAUACCCAAAUAUGUUUGACAAAUUUGUUUUUAAAUAUAACCUUGUAGUUGUAUUCAUGAAUACAUGACACUUUUUUUAUGGAUAGCAACUUCUUUAAUUCCUUGUCACCACAUUCCAGAGCUACUUCUUGCUCCUUCAUCAGGUGAAUCGGAUAAAUGUACAAAGAUUACAAUAUAAAGACAAAGCCCAUGACAUAGGAUUAAUGUAUAAAGAUAACAAUAUAAUGAUGAAGCUAAUGAGAUUGGUAGGAGUAGAUUAAUUAAGUACACCGAAAGUGUUGUGAUGACAAGGAUCUGGCUAUUGUGACACAAGCAAUAAGGCAAUCAAUGUAUCCAUUGUAGUUGAUGAUGCGAUUAUAGCACAGGGGAGUACACAAUGGGUAGGUGUGUGUGUGUCAGAUACCUUGGUCCCUGUUAAUGGCUGGCUUCUUUCUUUGGAUUUCAAUGCUUUCUUGAAGUUUCCUCUUUUUCCAAUGACUGAUUUUGGUAUGGAGUAUCUUGUUUUGUGGCCAGGAAAUAUGGUGGUCAAUAUUUUUGAUGACAUGUUCCGAAAGGGCAGAUUUCAUGUCAGAUUCUUCAACAAGUGUCUUGUGUUCUUUUAUUCUGUUGGCUAUGGAGCGUGAAGUCUCUCCAAUUUUUUUGUGUCCACAGUUGCAUGAUAUCUAAUACACAUAUAUAUAUAUAUCAACUUGUUCCUGUCGUUACAUGACUGAAAUAAUGCCGAUGCGAUGUUAAAUUGUAACUUACUCUUAACAUUUGGGUUUUGGGCUACAAUGUUUUAUACAUACUUAGAUAUAUUUUUGAAAAUAUUUUAACUGGUUUUCCUGUGAUUAUUUGCUGAGUGUGUUUCUGUAUCAUAAAUAUCAUAUGUCAUAUAAUGUCAUUCUUAAAACAAUUGAUGUUUAAAUGUAAUUUCCCUCAAUUAGAGAACUUUUAGAAGCUGCAUAUGAAUACAGUCUUUCAGUGAACAACCCCAUUUAUCUUUGUGUCAAAAGAUGUGCAGCAAUAAUCAUAAUCACCAUCAAAGAACUUCCAGUACCUAAACUUAUUGGGCACAUUAGCAGUUUGUAGAUGGAUGCGACUCCCGCAUACUUGAAAGGGAGGGGCCGUGGAAGAGGGAGGGGUGCCGGAGACCAUCAACCAAACAAAAACAACCAAGUUGGCGGCCCUGCCUGGAAUAGGAACAAGGCUGAAGAUGAUAAAUCUGCCCAAGAUCGGUUCAAGGAAGUUAGUGCGUCUCAUCAGCAGUCGAUACAGCGCCACCUGGAGGACAAUUGCGUGGAGUCGGAAAGUUCCGAGGAGGAAGAUGACAUUGGAAACAAUGUCUUGGAAUCAAUAUUCAGUGGAUAUUCAAAGAACUAUAGUGGUGUCAGUGUAGAUGUGAACAAGGCCCAGGAUGACCUAAUUCACUCGUUCCGAUCGGGCACAUCAGCUUGCCUUGUGUGUAUUGACACCAUCAAGAGAGAAGAACCAAUCUGGAACUGUAAAGGGUGUGCUUGCAUGUUCCACAUCCCCUGUAUACAGAAGUGGGUCCGAGAGGGCGUCUACCAACAAGUCUAUCAGUCCCAGGACGAUAUUGGACCCACAUCAGCUCUACCCUGGUUUUGCCCCAAGUGUCGCUAUGAGUACCAGCAGAGCCAGUGCCCGAACAGGUACUUCUGUUUCUGUGGGAAGGUGCAGGAUCCCAAGUUUGACCCGUGGCUAGUUCCCCACUCAUGUGGUCAGAAGUGUGGUCGACAGCUCCGGCCGGACUGUGGACACGCCUGUCUCCUCCUCUGUCACCCAGGACCAUGUCCACCAUGUCCCCAGAUGGUCAAGUCCAAGUGUUACUGUGGACGCCAGCAGCCCCAGGUCAAGAGAUGCAGUGGGAGAGAGUGGGCAUGUGGUCAGCCAUGUGGCCACAGACUGUCAUGUGGUCAACACAACUGUCAACAGCCGUGUCACCCAGGGGAAUGUUUACCUUGUCCGAAAACGAGUGUUCAGAGUUGUCUGUGUGGGAAGAAGUCCUCCACGCGGCCAUGUGCCAGCCCCCAGUGGAAGUGUGACCAGCCCUGUGGCAAAGCUCUGCGAUGUGGCAAUCAUCGGUGUGAGGACAUCUGUCAUCAGGGAGCCUGUGGUGAUUGUCCAAGGUCUGGGAAGAGAAGAUGUCCUUGUGAGAAAACAGAGUAUGAACUCCCAUGUACCGAGGACAUCCCGACGUGUGGCGAUACUUGCGGCAAGACUCUCAGGUGCGGACAGCACACUUGUACACAGCGAUGUCACCAGGGGGAGUGUGGCUCGUGUCGUCAGGUGACCUCGAAACGCUGUCGGUGUGGACAGAAGCAGAAGGAGGUCCUGUGCAGCAAGGAGUAUUUGUGUGACCUCAAGUGUUCUGUGAUGAGAGACUGUGGCAAGCACUACUGCAAGAGAAAGUGUUGUGAUGGAAGCUGCCCGACGUGUGAGCAGGUGUGUGGGAAGACGUUGCGGUGCCGGAACCACAAGUGUGCCAGCGGAUGUCACAGAGGUCCGUGCUACCCGUGCCCUCUGACGGUGAACGUGUCGUGUUUCUGCAAGUCCACCUCCAUCACCGUGCCGUGUGGGCGGGAGAAGGACAUGAAACCUCCCAAGUGCAACAGGAAAUGCCAGAUUCCCCCGAACUGCCACCACCCACGACGAGACAAACAUCGAUGUCACUUUAACGAGUGUCCGCCAUGUCAGCAGAAGUGUUUGCUUCCUCUGCACCAGUGUGACCACACGUGUCCGGUCAAAUGUCACGAUGCUGUCAAGGUCAAAGUGGAAGACCAGCGACCCCGAGCCGGCCCCUGGGACGCCAGGCCUGCCUUUGUGAUACAGACAGUGAAGAAGCCCUGUCCCCCCUGUCAGGUACCCAUCCCAACAGAGUGCAUGGGCAAACACGAGGUGUCAAACAUUCCAUGUGCUGAAGUAGCUCCGUAUUCCUGUGGGCGACCGUGUGACCGACAACUGGGGUGUGGCAAUCACACAUGUUCCAUCCUGUGUCACAUCGUCACUGGAUCUGUGGACCAGCACACGGCAGGAAAGAACUGUGAGACAUGUGAGAGCCCCUGUGAGAAGGGCCGCCCCCGGGGGUGCAAGCACCCCUGCCGCCUCCCGUGUCACCCACAGGACUGUCCCCCCUGCACCAGCAUGGUACGGAUGAGGUGCCACUGUAACGCUGUGGUCAAACACAUCCCCUGUCAUGACUGGACUGUCACCAUGAAGGACAAGCAGGACCAGCUCCAGUCCUGUGAGGGACAAUGCACCAAAUCACUCCCAUGCGGCCACCAGUGUGCGUCCACGUGUCACAACGGCGCCUGCCCCAAUGCGGACCAGUGUAAGAAGAAGGUGACGCUGCGCUGUUCAUGUCGCCGCAAGAAGAAGGAGGUGAUCUGCCACACCGUGCAGCGCCCGGAUGGAGGGGAGAAGGCCGUGCUGGACUGUGAUGAUGUGUGCGAGAAGACAAAGGAGGAGAAGAAAAAGAUGAAAGAUUCUGCCGAGAGGGAGAAGAAGGAGGAGGAAGAGAAAAAACAAAAGUUGGAGCUUGAAGAAUAUGAGAGGAAGCUGAAGGGAAGGAGGAAGAAACGCAAACAUCUCGAGGAAGUUGUAGAGUUGACAUUUUGGGAGAAAAACAAAACAGUCAUGAUCAUCGUCUCCUCGCUUGUCACAGUCUUUGUUGCAAUAUUCCUGUUCUACUGGCUGUCAGCCUCUUGAUGUAUGCUGAAAGGCAAAAUGAAUUUUACAUCUUUGUUCUUAAUAUAUUGUUGAUAAUGUCUCUGUUGUAUCACAGACAGCUUUGUUAUUCAGAAUUGAUAAGAGUGUCUCAUUGUUUCUCACAGCUGUAGUUUGUGUCGUCAACAUUUAUAUUGAUGGAAGAUGGUAUCUAUGCAUUCAGUCUUGCACCGGAUAUGCUUACGUAAAUUAUAAUGUUAUGUUUCAGGGGAAGGUGAUAUCGACAUUUAGAUUCCCUGAAGAUAUAUACAUGUACUACUAAAACAAUGUUACAGAUCACCGAUUCUUUCACACCACUAUACCUCAUCUGUCAUGGCAUGACAGAUUUACUAUCGUAAUAUGAUAGAAUCGGGUGACCCUUAACUUUUUUUAGUAGUUUAUGAGGGUUAAUUUUAGCCCAGAAAUCUAAAGGAUUAAGAAAAAUGAUAUUUUGUUUGUUUAUUUGUUGUUUAACACAGUAUUCCAGCUACAUGAAAGCGGCCUGUAAAUCGUCUGGACCAGACAAUCCAGUGAUUGAUAUCGUGCCAUCGGGGUAUGCUCUGUAAGAACUUGACAUUGCAACCACUUCUUCAUAUAUACUAUGUGCAUACGACACACACACACACACACACACACACACACACACACACACCUGUUUAUGAGUAAAAGAAGAAAGUAAAAUAAUCCUGUGAAAACUUGAUGAAGUCCUGUUGAAGGCUACUGAUGGUCAGGUGGAGGUUUGAUGUCGCGUUCAAGAGUAUUGCACUUUUAUAGCCGUGUGCAUGCAUGUGUAUGUGUGUGUGACUGCUUGUACUAGUCUGGAUUUUAUUCCGGUUUUAUUGUGCUAGCCCACUGAGAUUCCGCCAAUAGUCAGUACACCCCCAUCUUGUGUAGUAGUCUUCUAUGGAGACACGUCUACAGUCAGCACCUUCUGUUUUACAUGGAGAUUGACCAACAACUGUAAUACUAGUUUACACGUCCCUGUUGGGAUUUUAGGGUAAAUAACGUCGCCAGUACCUCAUUUAUCAUGGUUUAAGUUGGAGCAAUCAACCAAUCUUUUAAUUCUACUUCCAUAAUCAACAGAUUCUCAUAAUUUAUCCAUAAUAUAAUUUGCAAGAAUUUGUAAAUUUCCUUUCAUUCUGAUUUAGUAAAUAACAAGACUGACACUUCAUAUUUACCACUACUUAAUGAUUCUCUUGUGGAACCCUAAUCAAUAUUAAUUAUUGAUGCUGUAAAUUAAUGGUUGGCCCAGUCAUCCAAGGCACCGCAGUUCGCUAUGCAGAAAUCUAUGAUCCCCUCAAUUAUGUGUCUAAGUUUGUCUGCACAUUAACUGUGCUUGUGGGUUUCACUAAAGUGUAAACAUCUUAAGAUCUGCAUCACUUCUGGCUUUUCUCCCACAUUAAGCUGACACACUGAUAUAACUGGAAUACUGUUGAAAGCAGCGUAAAACCGAACUCACUUACUCCAUCACUCAGGCACAGAAAAUUUGAAGUUCUGAUUGAAACAAGAAUACAACAAGGCUUCAGAUUCCGGUGGUUCAAGUGAAUACUGUGUAUCAUGUGAUGAGUUUCAGCAUUUGAUUUUACUUGGAACAAUAUGGGUAUACGAGAAACCAUUUUAAUAUUGAAUGUAUUUCAGUUGCUGUUGUUUGACUGUAUCAGUCUGCCAUUUGUUAUGUUUGAUAUUGUCAUCUGAUCAAGUGUUAUGUGUUUAUCAAAUUGGUUUGAUCUAAGGCGAAAAAAAAUAAUAGUCUCGGUUCUCAGGCACCACCGGCAUCAUCAUAAAGUCUGCUGCACGUUUUGUUUUGUUUUCCAUUUUCAAAAAAAUAUAAAAAUCCUAAUACAUGAACUUUAACACAAUUCACAAAAAAAUUGAAAAUGGAAACAAAGGCAAAACAUGCAAAGAACUUUAUGAUGAUGUGGGCAGUGCCUGAGAACCAAGACUAUUAUUUAUUUUAGCCAAAUCACCCAUUUUGAUUUGAGUUGUUUAUUUUCAAGAGGCCUUUCUCAGAAAUUUGUAUCCAUGUUUAUGAUGUUUCGACUGUUGAGUUGCAUGGAUGGCCAAGUGGGGUAUGCAGAGUUGGCUCCUCCAGUGGUGCAAGGAUUAGGUGAUCAUGGGUUUAAAUACCAGAUUCGCCUCGAGGUAUUUUCUUUGAUUGAUCUGGAUAAAUGUAAUUGUUUUCAGUGGUUGGAUAAAUGUAGUCUUAUCAAAGCAGGAUUAAUCAAAACUUCUACUCUUUUCAACUGUUUAAAACAAUAAAACAGUAAUCGGCAAACUUUGAUAAAAAACUGCAAUCAAAACAAAUUGUUCAUUAAAAUAUGUUUCAAAUUUUGUUUUAUUGACAGCCAUUAUACGUGUGUAGUUGUUAGAUGCUGAAAUAGCAGACAGAUACUUUUUUCUUUGUUAGUGGUAUUAAGUUUAUAUGGUAACAGUGUAUUUAUGGAAUUAUUUGUUGUUUACUAUUAUUGUGAAUCAAAUUUUAGCAUAUGCAUUUGUCCUCACAGUGAGACCAUGUUUCCUAUAUAUCUGUAUGUACAAGACAAGUACACACGGUGUCCUCAUGGGUAGCGUGUCUCCUUGCUGUUGAACACAAUGAGACCAUGUUUCCUAUAUAUCUGUAUGUACAAGACAAGUACACACGGUGUCCUCAUGGGAAGCGUGUCUCCUUGCUGUUGAACACCGUGAGACCAUGUUUCCUAUAUAUCUGUAUGUACAAGACAAGUACACACGAUGUCCUCAUGGGUAGCGUGUCUCCUUGCUGUUGAACACAAUGAGACCAUGUUUCCUAUAUAUCUGUAUGUACAAGACAAGUACACGUGGUGUCCUCAUGGGAAGCGUGUCUCCUUGCUGUUGAACACAGUGAGACCAUGUUUCCUAUAUAUCUGUAUGUACAAGACAAGUACACACGAUGUCCUCAUGGGUAGCGUGUCUCCUUGCUGUUGAACACAGUGAGACCAUGUUUCCUAUAUAUCUGUAUGUACAAGACAAGUACACAUGAUGUCCUCAUGGGUAGUGUGUCUCCUUGCUGUUUGGCCUCAACAUGCAUAAUGACAAUUUAAUUUAACUUUCAUAUUCACAGGAAUAGUCACAUAUAGUAGUCUGUGGAAUACUUGACUUGACAUUUAGUCGUGAAGGCCAGUUUCAGAGAGUCUUCUUUCUAACAGUCGCUUGCAAAACUGAGAGUAGGGAGGGGGAAAUUAUGGUUUUGUUGCUACGUUACAAAUCUACAAAUGAUUCUGAAAUACCAUGGGAACUAUUUGGGUCAUCCAACACUCUAGGAAUGUGAUUGAAAACAAUUUCUGAACAGUGCUCGGAAAGAAAACUUGUGACUAGCCAAUUUAAGGACAAAGUCAUGUGAAUCAAGAAAUUGAUUUUAACAAGCCUGAUAUAUAGAACAUUGUUUCUCAAUGCAUGCAAAAUUCAGCCAAAAGGACAGGUAAGAAUAAAAUGGGGUCAUCUUUUUGCCUCACCCUUGUCCAUUGUCUGUCAGAGCCAUUGGUGGUUCAGUCCACAGAGGCAAAGAGUUGCAGGUCUCAAUCUAAUGAUAGUGGGUUUGAAUCCCAGAUUGACCCUGAAUAUGAUCGUUGGUUUGUCAGCACCACACCUCAUUAAUCUCAUGUCUAACAGGGGGCAUGGGUGACCCAGUCGUCUAAGGCGACAGGAUUCGCUGUGCAGAGGUGCGUCCCAUCGGCACGCCAGAAACCUAUGAUUGUGGGUUCGAAUCCCGGUUCACCCCGAUUAUGUUUCUAGGUUUGUCUGGGUUUCACAGAAGUGGUAAACUCAAGAGACCUGCAUUACUUCGGGCUUUCCUCCCUCAUUAAGCUGACAUGCCAUGAUAUAACUGGAAUAAUGUUAAAAGCGGUGUCAACCCAACUCACUCUCAUGAACUCUUGACGUCCUCCCACAAUAAGGUGAUACUGUAAGUAGGAGAAUCUCUUGCUAGUUACUCGACAGUAUCCUCCUGGUAAGAUCUGUGCCAUACUCUUUCAACUGUAACAUAGCCGAUAUAACUGUGCGCUGCCUGCUGUAUUUGGAUAUUAUGUUAUCUGAUUGACUAUCCUCAUAAUAAAAUUGUGUUAAUCUG